AUGGAAUACAUCAAGUAUGACACCAGCAUGUACGACUUGCUCAAUUUUCCAGAGUGUCCGGGUGAGGAAAGGGGAAGGCUUAACCCCAACAUCGAGGAGGAUACCCUCAAAGCUCUAUAUGGGGAGCUGGCUGGCGUUCUUCUGCAACUUUCGAAAUCAUCCUUCUCACGAAUAGGAUCACCGAGUCAGGUUGAUGACCUUACGUGGGAAGUGACAAGUCGUCCUUUGUCAAUAAAUUCGAAUGAGCUCAUUCGACUGGGGUCCCUGCCUCAGUCAGAACUACCAAGCUACGAGACGACAUUUACCACAGCAUCUUCGUACUUCGAAGCCAUAGCAGAAAUUCAAAUUGCCCAUCUCACACACCAAAGAAACGACGCAGUCGAGUCUGCAGAUGACUGUCGACAGAAGUUUGUCGCCAGAUGUCUCUUCCGCAAACUAGCACGGGAGCGUAAGCUCACCCAGCGAUGGAUAGCAUUCGACAAAGGGCCGUUCAAAAUAUGGUGCGAUGAUCUCCGGCCAACCAACGUUCUCCUCAACAAAGACCACAAGAUUACGGGUGUUGUCGAUUGGGAGUUCACGUACACGGCUCCGAUUGAGUUUACCUACGCACCGCCUUGGUGGCUUCUCAUUGAAAAACCCGAGUACUGGCCUCAGGGUCUCGAUGACUGGACAGACGUAUAUGAUCGCCGUCUCCAGACAUUUCUGCAGGCGAUGAUCGAUUGUGAAAAUGCUGCUUCCGUAACGGAAGAAGAACGACUCUCUGGUCCAAUGCGAGAAAGCUGGGAGAGCGGUGACUUUUGGAUUGUAUAUGCCGCCAGGAGAGGCCAUGCUUUUGACUCGAUAUAUUGGAACAAUAUUGAUCAGCGCUUUUUUGGACAGACGGACAAUGUUGAGGAUGUGUGGAGGGAGAGACUUGAUCUCUUAAGUGAGGAGGAGAAAGACGAGAUGGAAAAACUUGUGGCAAAAAAGGUUGAAGAGAUGGAAAGUAGGGUUCUGGCUUGGGACCCGGAUGAGUAUACCCUGUCCCAUAUAGACAUUGCGAAGACUCAUGCCACGAAACAAGCAAAGAAAGCCGAGGAGGACAAGGAGCAAGAGGAAGGUAAAGAAGAUGACCACAAAUCAGAGGACAACAAGGCUGAAGUUGAUGCCAUUGAUGCAAAGCCGAUUGACACUGAGGUUGAGCAGAUGGCUGGGAAAUUGGCAGAACUUGCUGCAGCUUAG